AUGUUGUCUGCAAAGCAGCUCGGGCUGGCUGUGACCCUCCUGUCUAUGGGUAGCCUCAGCCACGCGGAGAGUAACAUUACUUCCGAUACCUACUUCUAUGGGCAGUCUGACCCAGUGUAUCCCUCGCCAAAUGGCACUGGGUCUGGUGACUGGGCUUCCGCUUAUCAAAAGGCUACAACAAUGGUUGCCAAGAUGACGUUAGAAGAAAAGAACAAUCUGACAUAUGGUGUCUCAACAAUCGAGAAUGGUUGUUCUGGUACCAUUCAGCCCAUCCCGCGUCUCGGAUUUACCGGCAUGUGCCUACAAGAUGCAGGGAACGGUGUGCGCUAUACCGACUUUGUGAAUAGUUAUCCGAGUGGUAUUCACGUCGGAGCUAGUUGGAACAAAUCUCUUGCUCAUGACCGUGGCUGGUAUAUGGGCGGUGAAUUUAGAAAGAAGGGCGUCCAGGUUGCUCUUGGGCCAGUUGUCGGGCCGCUGGGACGAACCACAACAGGCGGACGAAACUGGGAGGGCGUGUCAAACGAUCCAUACCUGGCUGGAGCCAUGGCCGCUGCCACUGUGGAGGGCACCCAAGGCCAAGGAGUGAUUACUAGCCUUAAGCACUAUAUUGCAAACGAGCAAGAGUUGUAUCGCAACCCUACCGUCAACUCUGAGAAUAAAACAGUUGCAUCUAUUUCAAGCAACAUUGACGACAAGACGAUGCACGAGCUGUAUCUUUGGCCAUUCCAAGACGCGAUCAAGGCUGGCACAGGAAAUAUAAUGUGUUCUUACAACCGCGUGAACAACUCCUAUGCCUGCCAGAACAGCAAAACCCUCAACGGUCUUUUGAAGACAGAACUCGGCUUCAAUGGAUUCGUUGUUACUGACUGGGACGCACAACACUCUGGGGUUGCCGCGGCUUUGGCUGGUCUUGACAUGGCGAUGCCGGAUGGUCAGUCCUUCUGGGGAAACAACUUUACCGAGGCAAUCACCAACGGUAGCGUCCCUGUGUCUCGUCUGGACGAUAUGGCAACUAGAAUCAUUGCGGCUUGGUAUAAGAUGGGACAAGACGAGUCGAGUUAUCCCGCCCCCGGAGUCGGCAUGCCCUACAAUGUUAGCGAGGCCCACGCAAUCGUCAAUGCGCUAGAUCGUGAUGCAAAGCCGACAAUCUAUGAUGGAGCCGUCGAGGGGCAUGUCCUUGUCAAAAACGUGAACAAUGCUUUGCCAUUCAGGUCGCCAAAGCUGAUCUCUGUGUUCGGAUACGAUGCGAAAGCCCCGGACCAGUAUAUGCCUGAUGGACAGUCUUUGCUUGGUAACCCGUGGCAGAUAGGCUAUGAGCCAGCCAUUUUCCAGCUUGCAGACGCGUUCUCAUCAACUAUGAUCAACGAGCCGGACUAUUUCCAGGCUGCGUUGAAUGGUACCCUCAGUGUUGGAGGCGGUUCGGGCGCGAAUGCUGGUCCUUACCUGAGUGCUCCCCUUGAUGCCCUCCAGCAACGCGCUUAUGAGGAUAACACUGUUGUUAUGUGGGAUACUGCUAAUAACCCUGGUACAAUGGGCCUGAUGGAGGCAUCGGAUGCUUGCCUGGUCUUUAUCAAUGCCUUUGCUUCUGAGGGAUUGGACCGUGCGGGAGCCUAUGACGCUUACUCGGAUGCCCUCGUCAAAAAAGUGGCUGAUACUUGUGCGAAUACCAUCGUUGUAAUCCACAACGCCGGCACGCGCCUGGUUGAUCAGUUUGUGGAGCACGAGAAUGUAACUGCACUAGUCUUUGCGCACCUUCCCGGCCAAGACUCCGGUCGAGCGUUGGUGUCUCUGCUGUACGGCGACGAGAACUUCAGCGGCAAACUCCCUUACACUGUAGCCAUGAACGAAUCGGACUAUAAAACGUUCUAUCACACCAGUGCAGUCACGCCCUAUGGACUAUUCCCGCAGUCCGAUUUCGAUGAAGGGAUCUUUACGGACUACCGCUUCUUCGAUGAGCAUGACAUCACUCCUCGCUAUGAAUUUGGAUUCGGUCUUUCAUACACAACCUUCUCCUUCUCCAACCUGAAGGUUUCUCCCGUGAAAAAGGGCAGCGCAGCUUAUCCAAGCGGAGCGAUUGAGCAGGGCGGAGCUGUGGAUCUGUGGGAUACUCUAGCCACAGUUACUGCUACAGUAAAGAACACUGGACGUAAGGCGGGUGCAGAGGUCGCACAGAUAUACAUUGGAAUCCCCAAUGGCCCGAUAAAACAACUGCGAGGAUUUGAGAAGGUCCUGAUCCCGGCCGGGAAGUCGGUUAAAGUCGAGUUCCCGCUAACCCGUCGAGAUCUCAGCACCUGGGAUGUUGUCGCUCAAAAAUGGUUACUUCAGAGCGGCAACUAUGAUGUUUAUGUUGGAUCGUCGAGUCGCGACCUGCCCUUGAAAGGUACCAUGGACGUUGUCACUAAGUCUGAUUCAUAA